AAUCCUCCGCGCGGCCACGCCUACUCACAAAACCCAUCCACGUCUCGUCUCCCCCCACCGAUCACUCCAUCCAUCCACCAACCCCAAGAAACCCCCCUGCGCGAGCCAAACCCAACAACCAUGGCGACCCCGUUCUGCGCCGCCGCGUGCCGCCUCUCCAUCUCCCCGCCCAACGCGGCGCCGUCGGCGCCCGGCCGCGCCCGCGCCCUCGCCCGGCGUGGCCUGGUGGUGGCGGUGCGCGCGGAGGCGGGGGUCGGCGGGAUAAACCCGUCCAUCCGGAAGGAGGAGGAGAAGGUGGUCGACACUGUCCUCGCCGGCGAGCUCUCCAAGCCGCUCACCCCGUACUGCCGGUGCUGGAGAUCAGGCACAUUUCCCCUUUGUGAUGGAAGCCAUGUGAAGCACAACAAAGCAACGGGUGAUAAUGUGGGGCCCUUACUUGUUAAGAAGUAGAAUGAGUUUCUUCCUUGUUAAAAAAUAAGAAGAUGAAAUGAAUUUCUUCAUCCUGGCCUCAUGUUGAGUCAAACAAUAUUUGCAUGUCAUAGUUUGUAUGAUCAUUUUUGUCACAUGUAAAGAUAAUGCUGUGUCAAAGUAACUUUUAUUGAUCCCUCAACCGAGAUGAAACGAGAAAUGGUUGUAUUACAAAAUCAGUUUUUUUUCUUUUUUAUAUCAGUAGAUGCCAAAUGGAUUUGCAUAUAUAACAAUCAGAGAGAUGGACAAUCAUAGUUGGUCCUUUUGGGGGUUCAUCAAAAUAAACUGUGUUCAACGAUGUCAA